UAUUAAUAGCAUUACGUCAGCCCGGGACUGGUAACCCGGAGUAAACGACUGCCAGCGAGGGCUAUAAAAGGGGUGAUGCAACGCGCUCCAAACCACAGUCGCACGCAGCCAGGCGCGCACUGCACAGCGCUCUCCCUACGCCGCGGCGAGUCCUCGGUGUCGGCCCGCCGGCAGGACAGACAGACAACCGGACCCCGUCCCGACCCUGCCGGUCCUCCGGAUCCUGGCCGCCCCGAGCGGAGACUGGAGCAAAAUGAUGCUUCAACACCCAGGCCAGGUCUCUGCCUCGGAAGUCAGUGCUUCUGCCAUCGUCCCCUGCCUGUCUCCUCCUGGGUCACUGGUGUUUGAGGAUUUUGCUAACCUGACACCCUUUGUCAAGGAAGAGCUGAGGUUUGCCAUCCAGAACAAACACCUCUGCCACCGGAUGUCCUCUGCGUUGGAGUCGGUUACUGUCGGUGACAGACCCCUUGGGAUGUCGGUCACGAAAGCAGAGGUAGCCCCUGAAGAAGAUGAAAGGAAAAAGAGGAGACGGGAAAGAAAUAAGAUUGCAGCUGCCAAGUGCCGAAACAAGAAGAAGGAGAAGACGGAGUGCCUGCAGAAAGAGUCAGAGAAGCUGGAGAGUGUGAAUGCCGAACUGAAGGCCCAAAUUGAGGAGCUCAAGAAUGAGAAGCAGCAUUUGAUAUACAUGCUCAACCUCCAUCGGCCCACAUGUAUUGUCCGGGCUCAGAAUGGGCGGACUCCAGAAGAUGAGAGAAACCUCUUUAUCCAACAGAUAAAAGAAGGAACAUUGCAGAGCUAAGCAGCCACAGUGUUGGGGAACUGGGGAGUCCUCACUGAAUCCUCCUUUCACACCCAAAACCCUGAAGCCAUUGGAGAGCUGACUUCCUGUGCAUCUCUAGAAUCCCAGCAGCAGAGAACCACGGAGGUGGGAAGGCCUACGGUGACUCAGCUGGGCCUUUCUCUUCUGCCCCAGAGCAGGGCAAGUGCAUCUUUGCCCCAACUCCAGAACAUAGGCCUCAACACACUGGACAUUCUUAGAUGUUCCAGGUGGCCCCUGGUUAGGGUCCUGCCCACCUUUCAUCUGGAUUCAAUAAAAACCAGGAUGCCUACUGCUAGUUUUAAUACAGAAGUGUCUGUAUCUUAGGUGGGUGGGGUGGGGCCAACUCCUCCGCUGAGGCUGCCAUUGUCACUCUUCGGAGACAUGGAGUGAGAACAGCAUUUAGUGAAGUUGUGCAAUGGCCAGGGUUGUGCUUUCUAGCAAAUAUGCUGUUAUGUCCAGGAAUUACUGUGUGCAAGGCAUUUGUUUCAAAACCAUUUGUGCAAUGGCCAGGGUUGUGCUUUCUAGCGAAUGUGCUGUUAUGUCCAGGAAUUACGGUGUGCAAAGCAUUUGUUUCAAAACCAGGCAUUGUGGCCUAUCGAUGUUUGUUUUGCACAGCACUGGUGUGACUUUUACAUGCUUCUCCUCAGAUCUGAGAGUUGAAGGAGUUGUCACCAUGUGUUUCACACAAUGUUCAGGUGGCCAGAGAGCUUGUCAGCCCCUGGAGAACUCUCCUGGUGUUGACACAGAAUCCAUGGGGGCAUGACAGCAGACCCUCUGUUGCAAACUCAGUUCCAGUGUCACAGGAAGAAAGCAGAAAGAAAGUCCAACUUCCAAAGUUUUAGGACUCUCCACUCAGUAACUUCGGUCAGGAGUUAGUUCUAGGCUGGGAGAGCCAAAGAAUAUUCCAUUUUCCUUUCCUUGUGGUUGAAAACCACAGUCGAUGGAGACAUAUUUGAGGCCGGGUGAUGCCUGGGCUUUAACAUUAUUGGAUGUCAAUGGCAUUGUUGUUGUCAUGUAGCUGUUUUAAGAAAUCUGGCCCAGGGCAUUUGCAGCUGUGAGAAGUCACUCACACUGGCCACAAAAACUCUGGCUAUUGUCUGUUAAAAUUCUGAUGUUUCUGUGAAAUUCUCAGAGUGUUUAAUCUUACUCAAAAAUAUUAUUACAAUUUUCUGUAAGAGAAAAUAUUAUUUAUCCUAGUAUUCCUAACCUGUCAAUAUAAUAAAUAUUGGAACCAAGACAUGG